CUUCCCAACAAUGACCGUAACACAGAACCCAUCCUGCUACCGCCGUGCCAGCUAAGAGGGGCAAAGAGAAUGGAUCAAAUACUGUGUCCAAGUUCACUGAUGGCGCAUCAGAUGAGUUCGAGUUUGGUGGUCCAUUGGGUGCCGCGCUGUUGAUGACAGGCUUUCCUCUGCUCACGUGGUACAUGUGGAUUGGGGCCACAUACUAUGAUGGCAAGCUUCCAUUGCCCGAGUCCGGCCAGACCUGGGCUGACUUUGGCCAUCACCUCUGUCACUUGGUCUACGAGGGAGCCUAUCCAACCGCUAAAGCAUGGGCGAUUUACUAGACGUUUUUUAUCCUCGAGGCACUCAUGUACUGCUACAUACCCGGUGUUUCGAAUCUCGGGCGUCCAUUGAAGCAUGAAGGUGGCAAGAGGCUUCCUUACUAUUGUUCCGCCUACUGCAGCUUCUACGCGACACUCGCCGUUGCUGCUGUCCUGCACAUUACUCAUGUAUUCCCGUUGUACACGCUGAUCGAUGAGUUCGGACCUAUUAUGACUGUUGCUAUCUUGUCUGGCUUCCUGAACAGCUUCAUCGUCUACUUCCAAGCCAUCGUGCGCGGACGGACCCACAGAAUGUCGGGCUCUCCCAUUUACGAUUUCUUCAUGGGCGCUGAGUUGAAUCCCCGCGUUGGCAUCUUGGACUUCAAGAUGUUCUACGAGGUCAGGAUCCCGUGGUUUAUUUUGUUCCUCAUCACCUGCUCCGUGGCUGCUCGCCAAUAUGAAACAUAUGGCUACGUCUCGCCCGAGGUAACCUUUUUAGCUGGGGCCCAUUACUUGUACACCAAUGCUUGUGCCAAAGCUGAGCAGAUAAUCAUUACCAGUUGGGACAUGUACUUUGAAAAACUGGGCUUUCUGCUCACCUUCUGGAACAUGGCCGGUGUGCCUUUCACGUAUUGCCACUGUGCUCUUUACCUGGCCUACCACAACCCGUCCGAAUAUCACUGGAAUCCUUACGCCCUUACAGUGUUCUCUGUUCUGUAUCUUUUCUUCUACUGGAUGUGGGAUAGUGCCAACGGUCAGAAGAACGCAUUCCGCCACAAGGAAAAGGGCCAGUUCAUCAACCGGAAUACCUUUCCUCAGGUGCCGUGGCAGGUUAUCAAGAACCCCAAAACAAUUCAAACGGACACAGGCGAUCAUAUUAUGGUUGAUGGCUGGUUUGCAAUCAUCCGAAAGCCAAACUAUGUCCCUGACAUGUUCUUCUCCAUGUCCUGGGGUUUGAUAACUGGUUUCAAGUACAAUUUCCUGUUUUACAAAAGCUGUGAAAGAGAGAUCGUGGUAAGCUAACUGCCUAUUGUGCUGAUAGGAGCCCGUUCCCUUGGUUCUACUUCGUUUUCUUCAUGGUUAUGAUCAUCCAUCGCACCAACAGGGAUAUUAAUAAAUGCCGGAGAAAGUACGGCGAGGCCUGGAAGCGCUAUGAGAAGGAAGUUCCCUGCCUGUUCAUCCCAGUAAGUUUGUGAUUGCUAUUUGAGGUGUAAAGCGUUGCUGGCAGUUUUGAAGUAUAUUAUUUAAUUGUGUCUCAACCUCAAAGGUCCUAUCGCAUUGUUAUUCCUAGCAUGCAUCGAUGCUGAUUCAAAUACUUUCCUGUGUUUGAAAUGUUUAUAUUUGUUUACUUGUCAGGAUUGUUUGGUAUGCAUGAGCCCCCCCUUGCAUGUGCCGUCUUUUUUUAUGUACUAUACCGGGGGAACCCCGGAAAGGUCUAGGCUUUGUUUUUCUGUUCCUUCGGUGUUUUCCCUGGGCUUGGGGCACCGGGCGUCAGUUCCGCUGACGAUAAGUAGAAUGCUAGGUCUACAACAAGGGUUUUUGGUGUUAAGUUCUUCGUUUGAGGUCUUCGUAUCAUGCGCGGUAGCAUUAGCCUAGGGUUCUGGCUAUGCUACAGUCUUCGUGUGUGUGUGUGUGUGUGUGUGUGUGUGUGUGUGUGUGUUUUGGUCUAUCUGUCUUUCUCUUCUCUUCUCGAUACAGCCUCUUCGGCUCCUUUGAUUUCUAACCUUAUAAUUGUCUAUUUAUUUAUGCCUACAUUGGCAAGUACGUGUGGAAGCUCAUACGUACAGGAGCAGUUUCAAAACCGUUCAACUUCAGUC